CGCAUGCGCAGCGCCCGCCCGUGCAGCGCGGCGACCGGACGCCAGUUCCCCGGCAGAGGGACGCGGCCGCGAGGCUGGCGGGCGGCGCGCAUGCGCGGGGCGGUGCGGGCUGCCCGGUUCCGGCGGGGCGGAGCUGGAGCGGCGGCGAGGCGAGGCCAAGCAAAGCCAAGCUAAGCUAAGCUAAGCUAGGCUCCGGUGGCGGCGGCCGCACCCGCACCAUGCGUGCCUGGUAGAGCGGAGCGGGGCGGGAGGGUCGAGCCGCAAUGAACUUGCGUGGCUUGUUCCAGGAUUUCAACCCCAGCAAAUUUCUUAUUUAUGCCUGCCUGCUGCUCUUUUCUGUGUUGCUCUCUCUACGCCUGGAUGACAAAAUUCAGUGGAGUUACUGGGCUGUAUUUGCUCCAAUAUGGCUGUGGAAGUUAAUGGUGAUUGUUGGGGCCUCAGUGGGAACAGGAGUAUGGGCCCGAAACCCACAGUAUCGAGCAGAAGGAGAAACCUGUGUGGAGUUCAAAGCAAUGUUAAUUGCAGUUGGCAUCCAUCUGCUGCUGCUGAUGUUUGAAGUUCUGGUGUGUGACCGGAUUGAAAGAGGAACCCAUUUCUGGCUUCUGGUCUUCAUGCCAUUAUUCUUUGUGUCUCCAGUGUCAGUUGCAGCUUGUGUGUGGGGAUUCCGACAUGACAGGUCUCUGGAGCUGGAAAUCUUGUGUUCAGUCAAUAUUCUACAGUUCAUAUUCAUUGCACUGAGACUAGAUGAGAUCAUCAGAUGGCCAUGGCUUGUUGUUUGUGUUCCACUGUGGAUCUUGAUGUCCUUUCUAUGUCUAGUAGUGCUCUAUUACAUUGUAUGGUCUGUUCUAUUCUUGCGCUCUAUGGAUGUGAUUGCUGAGCAAAGGAGGACACACAUAACCAUGGCUGUCAGCUGGAUGACAAUUGUAGUGCCCCUGCUCACAUUUGAGAUCUUACUAGUACACAGACUGGAUGGGCACAAUUCUUUUUCUUUUAUACCCAUAUUUGUUCCUCUCUGGCUUUCGCUGAUAACUUUAAUGGCAACAACAUUUGGACAAAAAGGAGGAAAUCACUGGUGGUUUGGAAUUCGCAAAGACUUCUGCCAGUUCCUGCUUGAAAUUUUCCCAUUCUUACGAGAAUAUGGAAAUAUUUCUUAUGAUCUUCAUCAUGAAGAUAAUGAGGAAACAGAAGAAACACCACUGCCUGAACCACCAAAAAUUGCACCCAUGUUUCGAAAAAAGACUGGGGUGGUCAUCACACAGAGUCCUGGAAAAUACGUCAUUCCACCUCCCAAGUUAAACAUCGACAUGCCAGAUUAAGAUGAUGGAAGCAUAGUGAACUUGAACUGGGAAUCAGCAGACAAAUGUAUUUCAUCUCAUGCCUUGUCCUGAUUACUUUAAAAUAGGUAUUGCUGAAUCAGCACUUGGAUUACAGAAUUGGAGAUCCUGAAGAUAAUCUGAGUUUUUCCAGAGAUAUGUGGUGGUAUCAUCUGUGCACCUUCCUGACGGGCUGGUUGCACACUUGCCUGUAUAGUAUUUAUAUGAACAUUUUAGCAGUGUAAUAUAUUGUUUAAAAGUCUUGUUGUGUACAGUCUAAGUAUUAUCUAAAAGUAUUUUUUUAAAAACCCUGUAUGAAAUGCCUAUGCUAUUUGAGGUGUCUUUUAGGUCCUAAAUAUACACUUGAUUUCCAUAUCUGUUUUAAACGCUUUGGGUAUGCGUUAGUACAGUACCUCUUUACUACUUCUGUUCAGUCUCAAUCAUUGUCUUAACCAGAGAGGCACGGGAGAGUUGCAUUUCUCAGGCAAGACUGGAAGGCUUUUUUUGUGGGAGGAAGUAGAAUGUACAGCAACUUCCAUGAUGGUUUCAAGUUAGCUAUGUGAAUUUUCAUGUAUUUCAACUUUUGCAGUGGCUUGGGAGUUAAACAUUGCUUUUGUUGCUUUUCCAGUUUCACGUUUUCAUUCUUGUUGAGCAGUGCCUACACCAGUCUGCCACUAGACUGCUUGUUACUAAGCUGUCCCCGCUUGCAUUGUGUGUGCAGUCUAUUGCCAGAAACAUUAGUUGUAGGUUUUACAGAUGUUGGUUAGCUGGUAUAAAUAUCAUAGCUUGCUCUUCAUUACCAACUUUGUGUUGGAGUCAGUGAUUAAACUUUUCAAGAUAGGAA